AUUUAUAAGUAUGCUGAACGUGACAGUGGAAUUGGGGGAUACGUAUAUGGGGUACGAGAGAUGGCUGCCGAGUCCACCAAAAGUGGAGAAGCCUCGCUCCACGUUCAAUGCCACGUCAUUGGCUUAUAUUGGAGAUUGCAUUUACGAGCUAUAUGCUCGCAGGCACUUUUUGCUUCCUCCUUUGAACAUUGAAGAAUACAAUGAUCGUGUGAUGGCAGUGGUUCGUUGUGAAACCCAGGAUGCAAUGCUGCAGAAGCUCAUUAAUGACAAUUACUUAUCACAAGAGGAAAGGUUUGUACUGGAUGUGCUCCGUUGGGGAAGAAAUAUUGGUUCAGCCAAAACGAGGACAAAAAAGCGGGCAGGUGUAGCAGUUUACAAUAGAGCAUCUUCGCUGGAAACACUUGUUAGUUACCUUGGAUCUUUUGCACAAAGAAAGAGGAAUUGCAUCUGGGUUGGUUACCUGUACCUGACAAACGUGCAGCGGUUGGAAGAGAUCAUGGUGAAAUUAGGCUUUUCUGCCGAUGCUUCUACACAGUUUAUGGAAAAGAAAUCAAAUACUCUUUUCUUCCAUUUCCUACAGGCGGUGAGGAUUUUUAUACAAGUUUGCGCCAUACGUCAGCAGCCUUGUGAUGAGUACAAAAGACUCCACAAGCCAUCAAAAACCGAGACAAGUUCGCAAUUCCUGUGGAUAAAGGGACCCACCCUACCUGAGAAGAUCCAAAUGUCGUGGAUGUGACUUUUACGUGGAACUUGUACCAUGUGGCAAAUCUAUCCAAUACAAGGGUAACAGUCCCAUUUAGCUGCUCUUUUGGGCUAUACAACCCUUAUUGGACGAGGAACGCUAUUAAUGUGCAUUAUGCAUUUACGCUUUGUAUAGCUCAUUGUAGUUUGGCUCUCGUGUCGGUCUGAAUGAAUAAUCUUUUCGCAGUCGAGUCCACACUUUUCUUGUUUGUUGUACGCGAAUUAUUAUAAUUUCAUCAACGGACAUUUGGUCAUGGAAUAAAUUAGUGUCGUCUGAAUGUGCUUUUGAA